AUGUUGGAUAUUUUUGCCUCUCUGCUUGGUCUUCGAUUCGAUCCCAUUCCAUCAGAGAAGCUGACGGGCGAUGUCAUCAGGCAUGAUACCGUGCGAGGGUUCUCAGUAUGGAAUAUGAAGGGCGAUGGAAUCAUUGUCUAUGUCUAUUUAGACCUACUCUGGCGUGAGAACAAGUAUCGGGGGAAUCAGAGCGUGGAUAUCCAAUGUGGCUAUCUACGACCAGACGGAAGCAGACAGUAUCCCUCGACGAUUCUAAUGUGUUCAUUCCUGACCCCAACCCCGACGAGCUGUGCCCUGCUCAAGCAUCACCAGAUCGUGACUCGCUUCCAUGGAAAAAAUGGGCCAUGGCAUCCAUGA